UUCCAUAUGACUGCGGAAGAUCAUAUCGAUUUGGUGGUAACUCAAAAGUAAGCGAGCCACAUCACGCGAAUUGUACAGCAUGAUUUGGGAACCCGUGCGAAGCUUCCGACUUCCCUAAAAUAUUUGAUUCAGAUUCUUCUCCUGGCCAGUACUCGCCAAUUCCCUACGCCAAUGUCACGCGUAACGACCACAGGUUUCGCAUUACUCACGCCUAGGAAAUUGAUCGCUGUCGUUGUCGCACGCUUUACACAUCAUCAAUUCAAGAGACCGGUCGCUAGAGAAACAGGCCACAACUGAAGCGUUUAUUUUUCUUUCUCAUUUGCCUACUGCCAAACCAGACGAGUAUAGACAACCUUGAGGUCUCUCACAAACCACUCUAACCUCAUUUUACGUGUGGCCUCGAUAGGAACUCCCAAUGAUUUCUCCCAAAACACUCACCUUAGAGGUAGAGCGGAAAUUCAGCCGACUUGCCGUGCAACCCCUAACGCGCACCGGAGGAUAUCCAGCAUUUCGAACCCUGCGGUACCUCGGUUUACAAUCUAUCCACGACAUCUACUACGAUCAGAAUGGGCAAUUAUCAUCGAAGGGUAUAUGGAUACGGAGAAGAAAUGGGCACUGGGAAGCGAAAAUAAAGGAUGGCGGGGAUUUUCAGAACUCGAGGUUCGUGGAGCUUCGCGAUUCGAAGGAGAUCUCUUACCACUUGAAGCUCUUGACGGGAAUCAAGCAACCGGAAUGCAACAACUUUGGCUUACAGAAGCUAGCCAUCUUUACGACUUCUAGACGAAGCUGGAUCGCCAAUGAGGAAUUUGAAAUCGUUCAGGAUAUCAUGGAUUUUGACAAUCACAUGGUCGGGGAGGUGGAAUUGAAACAUACGGUCGCCUUGAACCCUGAGAGUCAUCGUACUAUCGAACAAGAACGCGAGCUCAAGCUCAACGAAAUGGAUCUACGGAUUAAGGACUUCAUGAAUCACUACGCGUGGGCAUUUCAUGUGGGCAGACCAAAGGGCAAGCUCGCCGCAUUUCUUGAAAGAGACUGAAAGAGCUCAAUCAUCGUCACUCUGCAUAAUCCAACGUUUGGGGGAGGGGGUGAGUGAGCAUUACGCAUUUAGGGUGUGUUUUCCGACGAGCAAAGCUCAUUUUUUCGACGGAAAUUCAAGUGUUAUAAGCAGCUUUUGUGGGCAAAGAGUUGACACGGGGGGUGGACGGGAACCUUGAAGCCGAAAGCUUCACCAGGCUAAUUGUACAUGGAGCUGGACGAACCAAAACUCAUUAAUGCC